GUUGUUUUUUUUUUUUUGUAGGAUUAAUGCUGUUAUUAGUUGAUUGCAAUGUGUUUGAUGAAAUUUUUAUAUGCUUAUGCAUCUCUGUAUCCCCUGUUUUUUCAUCUUAUUAUGUGUAUGUGUUUGAUACCAUGUUUGUCCAAGAUCAAAUGCUGUUAUUAGAUUCUUGUUUUCUUUGCUAGAAUUUUGGAUUAAUAGAAUUGAGAAAUUUGUAGGGUUAGUGAUCACAAUGAUCUUUUAGUAUAAUUUCAAACAAUUUUGAUGUGUGAAUUGUGAUGUGCAAUUUCAAAUUAUUCUGGGAAGAAUUAUUGUCGGUUGUGGGUGUCGGUUUCUUUUUUUUUUCUUUUUACCUUCUUUUUUUGGUGGGUGGUUGUGGUGCUUAAAUGGCAAUAUAAAAUGGUUUCUGCAUCUAGUAACCAAUCACUUUCCAGAUUCGAUGAAGAUGCCCUUUUUGGUUUUCUAAUGGUGGGUGUGGAGUGGCAAUUUUAAAUAAUUCCAAUGUUCUUCAUAUGCUAAUUUUUUUGUCCUUUUGGAUUGUAUUCUAUUUAGAAGUUUGAUUUGUUCAUUUUGCUUUUGUGUGUUAUGUAUUUUGGUCAUAAACUCAUACUUCAUAGAUGAGUUAGAAAAUGCACAAAGAAUACGAUGUUGCGAAUGCAGAUUUUUAAAAAUGGUGCUCAUGAAAUAUUCUUUACAACUGGAAUCAUCAUUCAUAAGUUAAUUGAAGGCACAAAUUAGCUUUGAGGUUGGUUAACAUCAUAGUAACAUAGAGAUAGCUCGCUUUUAGGAGUCAUGAUGAUGAAAUGUUGCUUUUAUUGCAAUCUUGCUAAGAGCACUCUUAUAACUCUUGGAACCAAGGGUUUAUAUCUCUUGUAGUUUGUAGAUAUGAUAUGGCUUAUUUCGAACGUGGUAAAUGUUUGAUACUGUCGUAAUGUAGAACACAUUCCCAUUUGUGGGGACUAGAGGAAGUUGUUCCACAAGUAGCACUUUGAUUUUUUUGUCCUGUUUUCUUUAACAUCAUUUGCACUUGGAUUCAUUUUGUCUACCUCGGCCUUUAUAAAGUCCUUUCUUGACAAUGUAGCAUUUUGAAUAAUGUUACGUAUCAUCAUUUGAUCUUAUUGCUUUGGAGAGUGCAUGAUGAAAUGUCAGCCUUUUCAUUUCUUUCCUUUACGCUUGCUUAUCCUUGAUGAUGUUGUGUGAUUUUAGUUGUGUCAUUAUUUGUUGCAUCACUUAGUGGUAUAUGAUGUUUGAAUCAUAACAUAGUAUUGGUCUGUUAAUUUACUUGUGAAAUUUGUUUUCUGCACAUCUCUUGCUUUAUAAUAUCCUUCUGUAAUUCCUAGCUGAUUAUAAGUCAAUGUUCUCUUGCAGAUAAUAUAUAGACUGAGCGUGUGUUAAGAGGAUCAGCUGAAUAUUCACAAUACAGGUCAGAGGAGGCAGUUCAAGAUCCUAAAGCGCAGGAACCCACUACAGUUGUAGAUAAGGAUGACGAUUUAGAGGAUUCUGAUUAUGAAUCUGUGAAAGAUUCAACAUCGUCCCAGGACGAUUUCCAGCCUGCUGAGGAUGAGAAAUUAGAAGGAGCGUCUGAUGUUCCAAAUAAGAUUUCGAAGACAGGUUCAUCUGAACUUCUGUCUAGUGAAUUGAAGGUUCGGGGUACUCAUGAAAACAGCAUUUCAGGUGUAAAACAGAAGCCAAUGAAGUCCAAUGGUUUGAAAGUACUUGCAAAAGGCUCUUCUGAUAACAAUAAUUCCUCAUCAUCUGAAUGUUCUGAAGUAACUGAGGAUAAGCGUCUUGAAGAAUUGAACCAAGAUACGUUGGAUGAGGCCUCAAAUGACAUAAAAAGUAGCAAUAGUGGUGAUGAUCAUACUAUUGGUGCUGAAGAUGAUGGGAAACUCAAGCAGGAAAGAGCAGCCUUAAAACAGAAGGCUGAGAUCAUGGAAGAUAGGAUUGAGAAACUAGAAGAUGAACUCAGAGUAGUUGCAGCUCUUGAGAUCUCACUUUAUUCUGUGAUACCGGAGCAUGGCAGCUCCGCUCAUAAGGUGCAUACACCAGCUCGACGCCUUUCUAGACUUUAUAUACAUGCUUGCAAACAUUGGACUCGAAGUAAGAGAGCAACAAUUGCUAAAAAUACUGUUUCAGGGCUCAUUUUGGUUAGCAGAACUUGUGGAAAUGAUGUUGCAAGGUUGACGUUUUGGCUGUCUAACACUGUUGUCCUGAGGGAAAUCAUCUCACAAACAUUUGGCACAUCUGGUCAGACUAGCCCGGCAAGGUUCCAUGUAUCAAAGGGUAGUACCAAAUCUGAAGGAAAUGCGUUUUCUAGGAACUUGAAGGGGAAUUUUGGUGGAAAGCAAGUGAAUAAGAUUACCACGCUGUUUGAAGAUUGGGAGGAGACAAGCACGUUCACCUUUGCUUUAGAAAAAAUUGAGUCAUGGAUUUUCUCUCGGGUCGUUGAGUCAGUGUGGUGGCAGGCACUAACUCCAAAUAUGCUAUCGCCUAUUGAGGAGUUGAUCAACCAAAAGAGAAUUGGAAAAUUGUUAGGUCCGUCAUUGGGAGAUCAUCAACAAGGAACGUUAUCGAUUGAACUAUGGAAUAAUGCAUUUCAGAGUGCUUUUGUUAGGCUUUGUCCUGUCCGCGCUGCAGGGCAUGAAUGUGGUUGUCUGCCAGUAGUGGCAAGGAUGGUGAUGGAACAAUGCAUUGGAAGGUUAGAUGUGGCUAUGUUCAAUGCCAUACUACGGGAAUCUGCACAUCAGAUGCCUACAGAUCCCGUUUCAGAUCCUAUAGUAGACUCGAGAGUUCUACCAAUUCCAGCUGGGGAGUUCAGCUUUGGCUCUGGUGCACAACUAAAGAAUUCAGUUGGCAAUUGGUCUAGGUGGUUUUCUGACCAUCUUGGCAUGGAGAUGGACUCCCUUCCAACAGAUGAUCCUGAAACCAAUGACCACAAUGAUCAGAUUAUACAUGCUAAAACUAAAUGUUUCUGCCUUAUCAAUGAACUGAGUGAGCUCCUGAUGCUUCCUAAAGAUAUGCUUACGGACCGCUCUAUUAGAAAAGAGGUUUGCCCUUCAAUUAAUCUGGGUGUCAUCAAACGGAUCCUUUGCUACUUCACUCCAGAUGAGUUCUGUCCAGAUCCUGUACCUGGAGAGGUCUUAGAGGCACUAAAUGCCGAGAGUUUUGUGGAGCGAAAAUUUGCUGGAGAAUCUUCUGGAAGCUUCCCUUAUGCAGCCCCUAUUGUUUCUUACUUUCCUCCAUCAUCCAAUGAUGUUUCAGAGAAAGUUGCCGAGGCAGGAGGUAAUAAACCUCAAGUUGAAAGGAAUGUGUCUAUGGUACAAAAGAAAGGUUAUAUGAGCGAUGACGAAUUGGAUGAUCUAGAUUCUCCAUUGGAGUCUUUCAUUGAGCAAUCAUCGCCUCGUACUUUGCAAGGUGGCAAUGCGUGUUUGAAAUCUAAGGAACAAAUAAGCUGCGGAGAGAGUACAAGGUAUGACCUACUCCGCGAGGUUUGGUCUACGUAGAUGCUGAAGGUGUUACUCAAAUUAUGUCUACCACCUUUGUUCAUUCUUGUAAUUGUAUACGUAAUGUGAGGAUGUAUGCUAGCUGAAACAAUUAUGAAUCUGGAACAAACAUCGUAUGUUAUAUACAUGAUGCUGCCUGAGUGUCCGCGCUGAGUAUAGGGAAUUGCAUUUUUGAGUUAUACUUAACAUGUAAAGAAUAAACAUCUUCGAUGUCAAAAAAAAAAAAAAAAAGAAUAAA